AUGGCCAGAAGAAGACUCCCAGACAGACCACCCAACGGGAUCGGUGCCGGCGAGCGCCCACAGCUCAAGCCCAGGUCCCUCAACGUAGAGGCUGCCCACGAAAAGCUCACUCAGCCCUUCAAAGUGCCCUUCAAGCGUGCGCCCCCCGCGGACCCCGCCCACCAACAGCUGCGCAACCCCAUCCGCUCCGCGCGCAAACGUGUGAAAACCUACGCGUACGCGGACCCGGCCGCCGAAAUCAAUGACCCCGCCUCCCUCGACGACGCAGACUACUCCUCCCAAUCCCAGCUCCCGCGCUCCUCCAAACGCGUCGACGCGUUGUCCGCGCGCCGCCUGCUGCAAGACCCCGCGCGUCUCGACCAAAUCGGGUCCGUUCUGCGCCGCUCCUUCACCGUGCCCAUCAGGGGCUACGUCCCAAGACACAACAUGCCCCUCUCGCUCGGAACCAAGACCAAGAUCGUCAUGGAACCCAGGCCGCUUCACGACCCGACAGAUGAGUUCGCGAUCGUUCUGUACGACCCCUCCGUCGACGGCGAAAUGCCCCAAGAUGACCUGUCCCCUGCAUCUUCCAGCCAGGCUUCUCCCGAACCCACCCAAUUGCAUCCUCAGGGCUCCCAGGCGGCGCCCUCGGCCUCUCAGGCCCCACGCAUGCUCUCCAACGGCGUGCCCAACAAGACCCUCCGCGAGCUGCUGGGCGAUCCCAGAGAGGAAAAGAAAUUCCCCAGUGUGCCCGUAGUCAUCGACCCAAGGCUAGCCAAAGUGCUGCGGCCCCACCAAGUUGAAGGUGUGCGAUUUCUGUACCGAUGUGUGACAGGUCUCGUCAUGAAGGAUUUUCUGGACGCACAGGCUGUGCUAGAAGGGUCCCAACCCACUUCCACUGAAAAGAGCGCCGCAGACGAGGCCGUCACUGCAGCAAUGGUGAGUUGCAAACAAACUCCAGAGGCUAAUCGCGGCGCGUAUGGCUGUAUCAUGGCAGACGAGAUGGGUCUAGGUAAGACUCUACAAUGCAUCGCUCUUAUGUGGACACUUCUGCGACAAGGUCCGCACGGCAAAAGAACUAUCGGGAAAUGUAUCAUUGUAUGUCCAUCGUCGCUAGUCAACAACUGGGCCAAUGAAAUAACUAAGUGGCUUGGGAAGGGCGUGCUGGCGGCGCUCGCGGUAGAUGGCAAGAAAAGCUCCCUAAAUAAUGGAACUGUCGCGGAAGCAGUCCGUUCAUGGGCCAUUGCUCAAGGCCGUAACAUAGUCAAACCGGUUAUGAUUAUAUCUUACGAAACUUUGCGCCGUAACGUGGAGCAUUUGCGCAAUUGUGAUGUGGGACUUUUACUAGCAGACGAGGGCCAUCGUCUGAAAAAUGCGGAUUCUUUGACCUUUACAUCUCUCAAUAGUAUCAAUUGCCCCCGCCGUGUAAUUCUAUCGGGUACUCCCAUCCAAAAUGAUUUAUCCGAAUACUUCUCACUCCUGAAUUUUUCAAACCCUGGACUACUGGGUACGCGUGCUCAGUUCCGCAAGAAUUUUGAAUUACCAAUCUUACGUGGUCGUGACGCAGAAGCUGAAGAUCACGAAAUUCGUGAAGGUGAGUUGAAAUUGCAACAAUUGUCUAAUGUCGUCUCCAAGUUCAUCAUACGACGCACCAACGAUAUUUUAUCCAAAUAUUUGCCUUGCAAAUACGAACAUGUAAUAUUUGUGAACUUAUCUCCAUUUCAACGUGCAGUAUACCAAUUAUUUGUCAGUACCCGUGAAGUGAAGAAAAUCGUCAAGAGCCAAGGUGGUCAACAAAUUCUGAAAGCCAUUGGCCUCUUGAAGAAACUUUGCAAUCACCCUGACUUGAUAGACUUACCAGCUGACGUAGAUGGAAGCCAAGAUUUGAUACCUGAAGAUUAUCGCAAUUCUAAUCACGCUAAGCGCGGGUCUUCUGAAGUUCAAACAUGGCAUUCCGGGAAAUUUUCAAUUCUUCAACGCUUCUUGCAUUCAAUCAAAGCAAACUCUAACGAUAAGAUUGUUAUCAUCUCCAAUUAUACGCAAACUUUGGACCUUAUAGAGCGCAUGUGCCGAAACAAUCGCUAUGGGGUCUUGCGUUUAGACGGUACUAUGACCAUAAACAAACGUCAAAAACUCGUUGAUAAAUUUAAUGAUCCAGAAGGACAAGAGUUUAUUUUUUUGCUAAGUUCGAAAGCAGGUGGCUGUGGUAUCAAUUUGAUAGGAGCCAACAGAUUGAUUCUCAUGGAUCCCGAUUGGAACCCAGCGGCAGAUCAACAAGCUUUGGCUCGUGUAUGGAGAGACGGUCAAAAGAAAGAUUGCUUCAUCUACAGGUUCAUCUCUACUGGUACUAUCGAAGAGAAAAUUUAUCAAAGACAAUCCAUGAAGAUGAGUUUAAGCUCUUGUGUUGUGGAUGAAAAGGAGGAUGUUGAGCGGUUAUACAGUGCAGACAAUCUGCGGCAAUUAUUUCAGUAUAACUCUGAAACCAUAUGUGAUACACACGACACGUACAGUUGUAAACGUUGCAAGAAUGGAAGGCAGAUUUUGAAAUCACAGGCGAUGCUUUACGGUGAUACCACAACUUGGAAUCAUUUAGAUCAUCAUGCAUUAAUUAAGACGAAUGACCAUCUUCUGCGUACUGAGAACCAGUUUAACGACAUCAGUUAUGUGUUCCAGUAUAUAUCACACUGA